AUGCAUCCCCACCCCUCGCAUUCAACAUAUGCCUCCGAAUCCGACUAUGUCACUCGAUCGGCCGUGACCCACACGAAAUGCAACAGACAAUUUCUGUCACAACGGACAGGAGGGCUGAGUGCGGAAAGCAACCCACUCGACACAUCUACUUGCCAGCAGUGUAAAACAGUGCUACAAUGGGCUUUCCGUACUCUGAGUGACCCCGGUUUUAAGGCCCGACUGGAAAAUGACCUCGAUGAGAACAUCUGUUCCCACUUUCCAUAUCUCCCGCGUCUUGAGUGUAUUAGCGUUGUGAGCGACAGUUUCGAUGGACUCCUACGAAUUUUCGACCAGGCUGAUCUGGAUGCUAUAUGCGCGACGUUCAGAAUGUGUCCCAACGUUUCCACCACCCUCCCACUCGUUGAUUCACUCCGGAUUCCUCGGGAUCCCGAAGCUUCAUUGCCUGGGGUUUGCCAUCUAUGCGAACUUGCGAUUAACAAGCUCAUAUCCCUUCUCAUAGACAAGCCGACAGAAGAAGGCAUAGCUGCUGCGCUUGACCAGGUAUGCAAUUUACUUCCAUCAGCCUACAAAACCGAUUGCGAUUAUUUCGUCAAAAAUUACGGAGGCAAAGUUGUGUCUGCUAUAAUUGAGGGCACAGCACCAAAACUCAUCUGCUUUUCCUUGGGCCUUUGUGAUUCAGCUUACCCAGUUCGUCUAACGAAUUCUGGUAAGAGCUUAGAUGCACAGACGUCUUCAGCAAAUCUCGGGGCACAUUCGCGCUGCAACGACAACGCUCGGUUUUCGUGGAUCAAACGGCCUAGCUCUAAAGGUCACCCAAAGUGGACCUCUCGUAAUCAGUUGGCGGACGCUUUUGUCUCCUUGAGAGAUGCUCCCUCCUGCGAUCAGUGUGUAGCCGUAUUUCAGCAGGCUUCAAAGACCUUGAAUGACCCAAUGGUUCAGGAUCAGUUGAAGAUAUUGGUUGACGAUCGAGUGUGUUCGCGGCUGCCAUCGUUCCUCCAUGCAGCGUGCACGACUGCCAUCAAUGAUCAUUUUGACGAAAUCGUUCAGGCUCUACAGCAAGUGGAUCCGAAAGAAAUAUGCUCUCUCACGGGCAUGUGUCCCAAGUCAGUCACCGAUCUUCCACCUGGGACCAAAAGGCAAACAGCACUGUCACCGGGACUCCCUUUGCCUUCAACCUGCGUAGUAUGUGAACUCGUGACCUAUAAAAUCAUAUCAACUGCUUUGACUAAUGCAUCCGAGAGCUCGCUAACUUCAGCGCUCAAUCAAGUAUGCGGCUAUGUGCCACUAACCUACAACGCCAUGUGCUAUGUACUCGUCGACACCUACGGACCAGAAAUUAUAAAAGCGAUCAUCCAGGGUACUGCCCCGAAAGCCAUUUGCCACCUUCUCAAUCUGUGUGGAUCGGAUUCAAAUAUGUUCAUCACCAUGGAUCAUGCGUCGACCACUCAACCUGCUACUGUACUACAAAGUGCGCCUUGCGAGGUUUGCAAAUUCGUCAUCCAAGCUGUCAAAUACCAAUUGCAACAAAACGCCACCGAGGACAGGCUUGAUGAGCUCGUGAAACGUAUGUGUACUGAACUUCCCCAAUCCUAUGUCAAUGAGUGCAUGAACCUGGUUGACACGUAUCUGUCGACGGUUAUCCGUUACAUUGAGGAGAGCAUGACCGCGGAAGAAGUGUGCCAGACACUUGGCCUUUGUCCCUCUAUCAAUCGCACAACCGAUCCAGCUAUUUGUCUCCGUGGGCCAUCGCUGUGGUUCUCAAGCGUUCCAUAUGCGAUCCUAUGCAACGCAAUGCGGUUUUGGCGGUCAUUCACGCAUCUGAAGCAGCGGUCAACAGUGGAAUUGGAGGGCCUCUGUCGAUCGCGAAAUCUGGAUCACAUAUGCAGCAGCUUUGAGAUUGAGCAUAUGUGCAAUCGAACCAACGAAUGCAUCCUACAUCGCGCAAACCAGUACCUUCAAAUGGUUUCCCAGCAUAUGCAGCAUAAUGACAUGAGCCACCUGCAAGCGAGAACCCCGGUCGUCUACAACUGCACAAUCUGCGAACUACUGGUUGAUCGCAUGAGACUUCAUAACAGGCUAUUCAGGCGCACGAUUGUUUCAAAAUCGUUUUGUCUAGAGUUCGAAGAUACUGAUGACAGGAAACAAUGCGGCGCCGUGAUGGAACGGAAACGUGAACUUUAUGAUGCUCUUCGUUAUGGAACAGAUAAACAAAAGCUAUGCAAGAAUAUGUCACUAUGCAAACCGAAACUAAACGAAGCUGACAAAGACAAGGUAUCUGCCUUCGCCCUCGCAUGUGCCAGUGGCCCUCUGUUUUCAUGCUCUUCAAGACGAAAUGCUGAAAUGUGCGGCAUGACCCACCUUUGCAAUACAUUAAGUUGGUUCUCCGAUGAAAAGUGGACGGGAACGUCAAAACGUGGUGAUACUGUGUUAGAUAAAUUUGGCCAGAACGUUUGUACAUGGGGAGCAGUUUACUGGUGCCAGUCGCCGGAGAACGCUCGCAGAUGCGGGCCGGGAGCUGUGAAACACUGCGAAACUCGCGUAUGGCUUAAGUCAAUUGAGUCAAUGGCAAACAAGUGUUCCCGAGGUCCGUCUUACUACUGCCAAAGCCCCGAAACUGCUCGAUCAUGUGGACCACAUGCUGUGAAUCUCUGCCGCCAGCGGCUUCUUUUGCAACCGAUCUCAUAAACCUGCUCAUCAUUUCACCUCUCCCGCAUCCUCUCUGUAACCCAUCUUCCAUAGAACUAUCUCGAGCUGUAGCACGCUACCGUGCUGUCGUAGAAACACGGACACUUUCUUACAGUUCACCCCAACUAUCACAAUUUCAACGUUUCGUUGAUUCUCUUUGCAUCUUUUGAUAUUGAAACAGCAUUGAACUGAUCACCGUUUUUAUACAUUACUCCUUGCUGCAGCUGUUGUCGGCUUUUUUUAGACUACGCGCUUCGUAUGCGUACUCACGUUCACUUGCUCCUGAUUCCCAGUCGAUGAAUGUUUGCGAUCACACGCUCGGUGAAGCGGACGUUUCCACUUGUUUUCGUUGCUUCGUUCAUUAAUUCUCGUCUGGUUCAUCAUGACGGUUCUCGGGACGAUAAGAUCAAG